AUGAAGUUUUCCGCCGCGCUUUUCGUCAUUGCCCAAGCGCAAAGCGACGAAGCCGACCGAGGCUACUAUUUCCAGGACUACUACAACACAAAUAUCUACGCUGGAAAGACCGGCCAGGACGCCAGUUACAACAAGUACGGUCUGGCGAACGGAAACCGUCGAUACUGCCACGCGACGCCCAAACAGAAGCAGAUCCGCCACUGGGACAUCACCGAGCACGGCUACUUCAGCAGCGGCAACUACUACCCAGUCGAGUGCUUCGGCCACGACAUGUUCUGCUACAUCGAAGAGCGCGCCCAGUUCGGCCAAAUCGUCAACAUCCAAGCCGGCUGCGCCCAAAUGAUGAACCAUCCCGGCUCCACCAUCGCCAACGAGAGCGACCUCGUCUCCCAAAUCUACAAACUCUACUACAACAAAGAAGCGGCCAGAGGCGACGAAAUCAGCUACCACUACGGCAUCGGCGGUUGCCUCGCGCUCCCAGCCCAAAACGGCUACGACAGCAGAAGCGGCGGAGACACCGAUGAUGACUUCAAGAAGAAUCUCAAGGACAACAGAUGGAUGGGACUCCACGGCGGCUUCGGGCUCAACCAGUGCCUCCGUCUCCACGAGAAAGACGGACCCAAGGCUGCCCUCCGACUUGGCCCUUCGAUUUGCCGAGCUUGCUGCCUCGCCACGCCUCAUUACUACCAGGACGGCAUGACCGGAGACGCCCUCACCAAGAACUACUUGUGCAACCAUCUUCCUUACAAGAGCUCGACCGCGGGCGAGCCAGAAAUUCCAGACAAGACCGCCUUCGACUGCGAAACAACAGUUGCUUGGUGCAGAAAAGAGAUCACGCCCAACUUCGGCCAAUACAGCGUCCCAGACUACAACGCCUACUACAAUCUCUUCGAUCUCCCAACAUCAUCGGAUACCGACACCUUCUGCGAUGGCGGCACUUGCACACCAGAAUAA